AUGUACACACUUAGCCGAACUCCAUCUCCUCCCAUGAUCAACACACCUCCCUGUCGCCGUGCAACCAUUUACUCACAAUUGCAGCGGCAAACAUUUAUAUCGACAGGAUCGCAUAGCACGGAUUCAGCUGCUUUCCACAGUCCGCUUCAGCGAACGGUCCUUUCAAGAACCCAGAUAUCGAAUGCUUGUACGAGCCGAACACGCGCAUCCAUAAUUCCUCCACAAUGGCUAGACAGCCCUGGGUUGCACAGAUCCGCAAUGCAAGAACGCCGACCGAGCAAAUACUGGUGCUGAAGGCGCUCAAAAAUGAGAUAGUUGGGCACCCGUUGAAGAAAGAGCUGGCCAUCACCGAAGGUGUUUUGGAACCUGUUGUCCGUUUGACUUUCAACAAAGCUGGUAGUAGGCAGGAUGGGAAGUCGCAUGAUCAUAGCUUUGCCUCGAGACCCUUGGUGGAAGAGGAACAGCUUAGAUUACAAGGUCUCCAAGUGGUGGCAAGCGUUGCUCUAGGCGGUCCGCCAUUCCUCACACCUCUACAAGCCGCCGCCUCCUUGCCGGCUAUUCUGUCAAAUCUUUGUCCAUCAAGCAACCCUUCACAACUGGUCUUGACAUCGCUCCGAGCUCUCUCCAACCUGGCAGAAUCGGCCGCCUUAGCUUCCAACACACAUUCGUUGAGCACAAGUGCAAUCGCAGAGCACCUUUUCUCGCGCCAGAAUCUCAACUCGUUGUGCAAAAUAUUGUCGCAGACGUCAACAUCGUCCAAUUCUCAAACACAGAUAUCACUUGUGGCAACCUUGAUAAGUCGGGUAUGUCGCGAGGAACGUCAUCAACAGGGUCUAGCAAAUUCGGGAGUUCUUGAUGCUCUUGCUACAAAAUUGGCUAGCUUUGUUGUUGCUGAAGGAUUGGUAAUACCUGGAGCAGAGGUACAAUCCCAGAGAGAUGGUUUGCAGGACUUCUUCCCAGGACCGGCUCCAGCAAAUGGUAGGCUGUCGGUGAUUCUGGAAGCAAUUGCUGCUAUUAUCGCCAAUUCAAAGUGCAGAGCAUCUCAAUUGCUGUAUUCUCCAUCCAUACUAGCCAUAUAUCCUACAUCCUUGCCGGCCGAGUUUUCUGGUACCCAGAAUGCCCGUGCAGCGUGGAAUGCCUUCAAUGCAGCUGGGUUGAGUGUACGCCAGAGCCAGCUCAACGCAGUGGACUAUCUACUACCAUUUAUUCCUCUGCAUCAGCUCAAAAACACUAACGCUCAGGCGUCCGCUUUUCCACCACUGGGCACUUCCAAUUCGAGUCAGAACUUAGCGCUAAAUGGCCGUUCAAGUUCAAGGCCGAUUGUUUCAACGUUGUCAAACUGGCCUGAUUCACCAAACCUGGAAUCUCCCCAGGAGUCCUCGGCGACUGAAAUAGAAGAGCCUGAAAGCCCACUCAUUGCUUAUCUCAUAUUGUUGCUUAAGUUGCGGACUGGCUCGGAGCGACUCAUGGCUGCUUCUGUCCUGACUGUUCUCUACAGAGCAGGUUUGACGAACAAGACAAGGGAAACUGCUCUUGGGUUACUCGUGGUACCCCUUCUGGUUCAAAUGCUUGGAGAUGAUAACAUCUUUCUCGCAGGCAACGAUAGCCUUGAGGAUGAGGAGGCACUACUACUGGAUCGGACAGUCAAGGAGCGAGCACCUGUCGUUCUUGCAAUGCUCAUCACAGACAGUGAGUAUCUUCAGAAAGCUGCAUUCGAUGCCGGUGUUGUUAGUAAACUCUCCAAAAUGCUCAAGGUAUCAUAUGAUCCUGCACUAGAGUCUAUAGGAUCAGGCCCUUGGUCUCCAGAUCGAGACGAACGUGGAGGAGGCCACGAUACGCUGUCUCUAGGCAACACCGGUCAAUCCCCUGCAUUGCUGCACAAAAUUAAAGUCAGAGAGAGUGUGCUCAAAGCGAUCGCCGCACUUGUACCAUUCAAGGAUGAGUACAGGAAAGCCAUCGUUGAUCAAGGGAUGAUGCCUUACAUAGUGUCUUCUAUGAGCGCAAGCCCCCGCAAGCCGUCAGCAAAAUCCAAGAAGAAGAAUGAUAAGGCAUCUGAUGACUCGAGCGACGACGAAUCGAAAGGAGAUUAUGGAACGAAUCCGGUCGAAGUUCUCAUUGCAGCAUGUGGGGCUGUUCGUGCAUUGUCUCGGUCUGUCAGUGUUUUACGAACCACGUUGAUAGAUAACGGUGUGGCGGAACCCGUGUUCCAGCUCCUACAGCACCCAGAUAUCGAAGUGCAGAUUGCUGCAACAGCAACUGUUUGCAAUCUACUCACCGAUGUCAGCCCGAUGCGCGAGCCUAUUUCAGAAGCUGGAGUUCUUAAAAUACUCUGUGAGCACGCUAGAUCUAUGAACGCGAAGCUACGACUUAAUGCCGUCUGGUCAUUGAAGCAUUUCGUUCAUGGCGUCAGCAAUGAUAUGAAGAGGCAAUGUCUAGAAGAAAUUGGCCCAGGAUGGUUGGUGCAACUGAUCUGUGACGAUACUGAAGAUGAGGCGCUUCUCAACUCGAGAGGGCAGAUCGACAGAGAGAGUCCGCGGAAUGAUGAGAUGGACGAAGAUGUGGUUAUGGAUCAAUUUGAGGAACAUGUAGAUGCGGCAUUUGGUAGGAUCAACUCUCGGCCAAGUAGUCGAAGCAAGUCUAUCCAACAGGCCGAAGCUCGCUUAGCUGCGUUACGAGACGCAGAAACGAACCCAGCUAGGAGAGCAAGAAAGGAUGACAUCGCCGUACAAGAACAAGGCCUGGACUUCAUCCGAAAUCUUAUUGGUGGCGCCGGUCAGGGUGGGACUGCCGACACUACAGAAAUGAUCGAUUUUCUGUUCAGUGCACUGGGUCAAGACAGGGUCUUCGAGAUUCUCGCUUCGAAACUGAAGCCGAAGAUGAUCAAUCCGUACAACCGUGGUUUCCCGAAUAGUGAGCGCAAGAUCUUACCGCCACAAGCUGAGAUCAUCAUUGCUGUUGGUUAUAUUCUCGUCCACAUGGCAGCGAGCGUACCCCGUCAUCGACAAAUUGUCAUCGCGCAGACGGAUUUGUUGAAGCUGCUCGUGCCUCAGUUCAACCAUCCUAAUAUUGAGGUUCGACUAGCCCUCUGCUGGCUCGUGUCAAAUUUGACAUGGAUGGAUGACCAGAAUGAUGGUCAGGCCUGUGCUCAGCGGGCGAACGAGUUGAAAAAGCUCGGGUUUCUGUCCAAGAUCGAGAUGCUGGAGCAGGAUCCCGAGUUGAAUGUUCGCGAGAGGGCCAAGUCUGCGAUGUGGCAGAUCAGGCAAGCAUUUUGAAGAGCCGAUUUAAGCGGUCCGAAAUGUGUGCUGACUUUGGUGGAUAUAGGAAGUACGGACUUACUUAAUGAAUAAUACCAAGUGGCAGGCAACAGUCCUCACGGCGUUCUGGGUCAUCGAUGGGCAUUUGGAUUUCUACGCGGUGGGGGCAAAAUGGCUGUCACUGAGAUGAUCCCUAGGAUGUACUUUACAACAGUGUACCAACAGCAGUAGUAACACACAUGUGUUACUGAUUUCAGGACGAAUUCUAUCUCACACCUCGCCCCAGGGCCAGCGAUAGAGCCGAGACUUCAAAUCAGAAAAUAUAAGAUGGAAAACCACAAAU